GUAGAUUUAGAACAUAUUCCAGUAGUAUCGUUGGAUGUGAAUUCCCAUCACGCGGCGAUUGCGUCUGACUGCUUCAUACAGAUGUCGUUUUCUGAACUGGGUGUUUGUAAAGAGAUCCUGGAUGUUAUCGAAAAGUUGGGCUGGAAGAAGCCUUCUGAAAUUCAAGCCAAAGCAAUACCCCAUGCUCUCAAAGGAAGGGAUAUUGUGGGACUGGCAGAGACAGGAUCGGGAAAAACAGCGGCUUUUGCUAUUCCCAUACUGCAGGAUCUUAUCUCAAAACCACGACAUAAUUUUGCACUUGUAUUGACACCGACACGAGAAUUGGCUCUUCAACUGAAGUCUCAGUUCUUGAAUCUCGGCGAAAUGUACGGACUGCGUGUAAUCUGCCUCGUCGGUGGUCAACACGUUGAAGAUCAGCUACGUGAUUUGAAAAAUUCAAAGUUCCAUAUUAUUAUUGGCACACCUGGGAGGAUAGUCUAUCUUAUGGAGAAUUCGAAAGAUCUGCGCUUGAAUCGCAUUCGUUACUUGGUUUUGGAUGAAGCCGAUCAAAUGUUAGAAGAUACAUUUGAAAGCCAUCUGGCGACUAUAAUUUCUAAGAUACCGGAAUCCCACCGGACCCAUUUAUACUCUGCGACGAUGUCCCAAAAGGUCAGCAAAAUUCAAGCCGUCUGUUCAAAGUCACCGGUCACAAUUGAAGUUAGUAAUAAAUACACGAAAGUGGAUCGCUUGGACCACGCGUUUGUAUUUUUGCCUGACCAAGAAAGAGAUAUUUAUCUGGUUUAUUUACUUUCAUGUGCAGCUUCAAAGGUGAGUAAUUCUUCCAUCGAUGACGAUAAGGAAAGCUUUGGCCAACUGUUUCAGCUAGCUUGUUUUUAUUUUUAUUGUCAUCCAAAGACCACAGAGUCAAACCGAACCAUUGUGUUCACCACCACUUGGCGAGAAUCAUUUCGAAUAGCUGGGUUUUUAAAAUUACUCAGUCAUGUAACUGGUGGUACCGCCACACCCUUGAACGGUUCCAUGCAGCAAGACAAACGGCACAAUGCAUUGUUCGAAUUUCGCUCUGGGAAAGUCAACGUCCUAGUUGCUACAGACUUGGCAUCUCGAGGUUUGGAUAUUCCGGAUGUCGACCUGGUUAUUAACUAUGAUGUGCCCAAGCGACCGUCGUGGUCUGAUUCAGCAAAAGCAUACAUCCACCGCGUUGGGCGAACAGCGCGAGCCGGUCGACCUGGUCGCGCCAUCACUUUGGUCACACCGUACUCGGCCAGUCGUCUGAAAGCCAUUGAAGCUGCAUUGGGACAGCGUGUACCGCAGUUGCCUUGGGCCGGUCUGUCCUGUUUCCCGGAUGAUGUCCGAGAGCGUAUACAACAAGCUGACAAACAAUCCCGAUCAAAACUGCGAGAAAAGGAUAAGAAAAAGCGAAUUCUGAGCAAAAAACGACAGAAACAAAAAGAGAAACAAGCGGAAUCGUUUGCUGAUCCGGUAAAGUUUGAUGACAGUGGUUCGGAUACGGAAGACUGA